CCUGCGUGGAGCCCCUGAUGGGCACCAACUGCGAGGAGAAGCAGAGCUUCCUCCAGCUGCCAGAGACCUUGGCGGAGCUCCGGACCCGACUGGUGGACAUGGGUCUCAGCUUCAUCAACCAGCUCCUCCUGAAGGGUGACUCAACCUCCUGGAAGCCCAUGCCUCUCUCUGGAAGGACACUGGGCUGUGAAAGUGUCCUCAGCAAAGCCCCCAUCUUCCCCAGGCAUUAAGAUGAACUCCUAUGAGGUGCUGCCCCCGGAUGUGGACAGGAAAAUACUUCUCAAGUGUUACUGCAACCUGAACUUCGACCCCACCACGGCCAGCGAGGAGCUCUUCCUGUUCAAGGAGACCCACUCGGUGCUGAACCUGGGCAUCCUCCUGGAGCCCUUCGCGGCAGGCGGCCCCUUCCCGGGCUUCAAACAGUGGCCGCAGGUGCUGUGCUCGCGGGGCCUGGCCGAGGGCCGCCACUACUGGGAGGCCGACGUGUCCAACUCGUGGGUGUGCCUGGGUGUCACCUACCGCCGCAGCCCCCCGCUCGGCGGCCGCCCGCGCCGCAACAUCGUCUAUCUGCUGGGCCGCAACCCCUACUCGUGGUGCCUGGAGUGGGACUCGCUCAAGUUCUCCGUGUGGCACAACAACACGCAGACGGUGCUGCACGGCGGCUACCACCGCACGCUCGGCGUGUUGCUCGACUGCGCGGCGGGUUGCCUCUCCUUCUACGGCGUGGCGGGCGGCGUGAGCCUCCUCUACCGCUUCCUCGCCUCCUUCCUGGAGCCGCUCUACCCCGCCGUCAUGGUCAGCAGCGGCGCCUCGGUCACGCUCAAGCAGCGCCCCUCCGAGGCCUAGGCCAAUAAAGCUGGACUCGAGCGCUGGCUGCCCGCGGGGAGGGGCGCGCCGGGGAAGGGGGCUGGCCCCGCGGGGUCCCCUGGCCCGGGGUGGAGGGGCGGGCGGCGAACCCGCCUCCCGACUCGCUGCCUGGACUUCAUCAGCGACGACCACCCAGGGGUCCCGGGAGGUCCUGGGGAUCCCCGAAAACAGGCCGAUCCUCCUGUCCCCAUUGUCACGGGAGAAGGCUGGCGAUCCCCCCUGGGACUGGGGACAGCCCCGUGGCCUCCAGAGGGGGGCGAUUCCUGACCAGGAUGCUCGGCCUCCCCCACCCGUGAGCUCCUGAGCCCCUUCGGAGGGUCUCAGGUUGCCCAGGAGUGGGUGGGGCUUGGGCCAGGUGACUCCUCCUCCGCAGG